UCCAAUAGCGUCGGAGGGGGGCGUGUCCACAGCACAAGGUCAGGUGAUGCUGUAGUCAGAGGGGAGUAGUGGACUUCAGCCCGCGCGCUCGCAGCUCGUUCCUUCUUCACUCCGUCCGAACCGCAGUAACGACCUCAUCAAAGAUGGCGGAGCUCCAGGCGCAGUUCGACGCCGCCGCAGCAGAGGUGAAGCAGCUGAAGGCCAAGCCCGCGGACGAGGAGAUGCUGCUGGUCUACUCCCUGUUCAAGCAGGCCAGCGUCGGUGACGUCAACACAGCUCGUCCCGGGAUGCUGGACUUCACUGGGAAGGCCAAGUGGGACGCGUGGGAGAAGCAGAAAGGCAAGAGCAAGGAGGACGCCAUGAAGGAGUACAUCAAGCUGGUAGAGGAGCUCAAGCAGAAGUAUGGAAUCUGAGGGGAGCAGAAGCCCCGCCCCUCGACCAGCCGCGCACACGCCUUAACCAGCACACGUUUACACGGAGACGGUUCGACCACGCGGUCAAUGGCAUGAAGAGCCACAAACCCCGCCCCUGAGGUGCCACCAACCAGGUGCUUCUGAAGAAGUCCUGUCAUUUCAAAAUAAAAGGAAAAAUACAUUUCAAAAUAAAACUUGUUUGAAAUACUGA